AUGGACAAACUGCACGAGACAUUGAUAAACAUGGAAGAUGCUUUGGGCUCGGAACACCCCGCCUGUCUGUCAUCCUGGGACUGGAAAAGCAACGCCGGGCCUUUCGAGCUGCACCCCGUCUCUCCCCCGCACAGCCUGUCCCCGACGCCCUCGUUCGAGUCCUACUCCUCGUCCCCGUGUCCGGCGGCGGCCGAGGCGCCCUACGGCAGCGGCGGCAGCGGCCUGGCCGGCUACGGCCUGGUGGAAUUCCCGCCGGCAUUCCUGCCCAGCCCCGGGCAGGCCCGGCUGCCCAAGGGCACCAAGGUGCGGAUGUCGGCCCAGCGCAGGAGGAAGGCCAGCGAGCGGGAGAAGCUGCGCAUGAGGACCUUGGCCGACGCGCUGCACACGCUGCGCAAUUACCUGCCCCCCGUCUACAGCCAGCGGGGCCAGCCCCUCACCAAAAUACAGACCCUGAAGUACACCAUCAAGUACAUCAGCGAACUCACCGAGCUCCUCAACGGCGUCAAGCGCGUGUAG